CGGAGAGGGAUCUGAGGUUUGUGGCCACCCGGGGGGCCCGGGCCGGGCUUGCAGGAGGGAUUAGCCAUGUCCCAGGGCCCCGCCGGCCAGUGGAGCCCGAUGGUGAUCGUGGAGGCUGCGGGUGGAGCCCUGCCCCAGGUUUCUCAUUAUUCAAUGAAAUCUCCCAACCAGGAAGAGGGCUGUGUGUCCUUUGAGGAUGUGGCUGUGUACUUCUCCUGGGAGGAAUGGAAACUGCUUGAUGACUCCCAAAGGCUCCUUUACCAGACUGUGAUGACGGAGAUCUUCGCACUCAUGUCCUCACUGGGACUUGUACCUUCUGGGAUCCAUGGCGUCACUCAGCUAGGGUCUUGGGGAGAGCCUGCCUUGAGAUUCCUGACUCCAGGUUGUUGGAUCAAAGCGGAGAGUGACACAGCCCCCUUUGAGCAGAGUCUUUCUGUGGAAGGAGAUCUUCACUCAGCCGUGCCCCAACAGCCAGGGCUGAGCCAUGCUGAGCCAGCCUUGCUAAGUGCAGACAGCGCAGUGAUCCUCCAGACUUCCUCGGGUCUCCUGGGGCAUCGGGUGACUUACACGGUUGGGGAGGCACCCAAGAGCCCUGAGAGCGCAGAGGCCCUGGCCACUGAGAAGAGGAGCUGCAUCUGUAGUGACUGUGGCAAAGCCUUUACCAGUACGUCUCAUCUUAACCGCCACCGGAUGAUACACACGGGAGAAAAGCCUUUCCAGUGCAGCGAGUGUGGCAUGUCCUUCAGCCAGAAAGCCUUCCUGGUUAAGCAUUUCCGAAUUCACACCGGGGAGAGGCCCUUCAGGUGCGGCGAGUGCGGCAAGGCCUUCAAGCAUAACAUCUCCCUGGUUUCCCAUCAGCGAGUGCACACCGGAGAAACGCCUUUCACCUGCAGCCAGUGUGGGAAAUCGUACGUGACCAGGUCCAACCUAACGCGCCAUUAUCAAAUUCACAGCGGAGGAGAGAAGCCUCACACUUGCGGGGAGUGCGGCAAGGCCUUCCAGGAAAAGUCCAGCCUCGCCUACAGCGCCCGCGUGCACACCCGGGAAAGGCCCUUCCAGUGCAGCGAGUGCGGGAAAUCCUUCGGCCAGAAAGCCUUCCUCGUGAAGCAUUUCCGAGUUCACACCGGGGAGAAGCCUUUCGCGUGCGGUGAGUGCGGCAAGGCCUUCAAGCAUAACUGUUUCCUCGUUGCUCAUCAGCGAGUGCACACCGGAGAAACGCCUUUCACCUGCAGCCAGUGUGGGAAAGCAUACAUGAACAGAUCCAGCCUUUUGUACCAUUACCGGGUUCAUACUGCAGAAAAGCCCUUAGAAACCCAGCCGGUGCAAAACAUCAUUUAAGAAAAAAAAGAAAAUAGAUCCAGCCUUGUGGAUCGUGUCUGAGGACACACCGGGGGGAAAAGUCCUUCUGAAUGUUAGGAAUCUGGGAAGCGUUCAAAAGAGUAAAACUUCUCCCCCCACGAAAGACCAGGAAGUUCCCAGCGUGUGUGGGAGAUCCUUCGCUGUUAGGUACAGCCUCAUUAAACAUCAGAGAUUUCCCACUGCGGCAAAGCAUCACUGUGCGAGCAUCACUGUGCGAGGACUGGACCUUCGAGACUUACCAGAGGAAGACUCACACCGGAUAUAGAAUAUGCCUAUUGUGUGCAGUGAAGGGGAAAACUGUUUUCAUCACCUGCUGUGUGCACACACGGGAAUGUUCACUGGACAAACGUCAAGAACGUUUCACAUGUGAGGAGCCUUCGCCCACACCUCCAUCCUAUUUAACUGCACAGGUCACAGUGCCGAGAUGCACCAUGAACCCACCGACUCUGGGAAAGCCUUUGAGCAAAUGUCUGCUCUUAGUAGUAUUAUACACGAAACCCCAGAUAUGUCUGUGAAUGCAGACAAAACUCUGCAGCCAUUGGCCAACCUGUUCAGCCUUAGAGGAGAAGCAGGUUUCCAAGAGAAUGGCCUGAGAGUGGCCUUUGUGAGGGCGCCAUUCAAUGAAAGUUACUCAACAAACAAGAACGCGGGGACAAGAUGAGAAUUAUUGUCAUUUUCCUAGUCCCCCAAAGUUACUACUUCCUGGGGACUUAGCAAGAGGCAGCCCUACGUUCUUGACUGCGCCCAUGUGGAGUGGAGUUUCUUCCAUGGUACUGUUUGAAUCGGGGAAAUCACCAUGUCCUCAGUUUAAACAAGACAUGGUUUUAUUGUUUAGGUUUUUUUCCCCCCCCACUGAACGUUGCAGUUCCUGGAAUAAAUGAUUGUUUGCUGUUUA